GAAGCCGAAGUCCCCAACGAUGAAAAUCGUGAGCAACCUAUCCCGUACCGCCUCUGUUUUCCCUUUUACUGACAUUGCACAGAUGAAUCCAAGCCAGCGGCGCUGCUUCUUGGAGGUGUACGCAAAUGACGACGCGGAGCCGCGAUUGUUGCAGCUUGAGCCGAAUGUAAAGCUGUCCAACGUGCUGGAACGCUUCGAUGAGGUGGGCAACCUGUACUGGCAGAAUCAGCCGAUCGCCCCGGAGGCGACUCCGGCGUCCCUCGGCAUGCCAUGCGGCAUAGAUCAGGCCAAUACUCUGUGGUUCGUGCCCACACCUCCAUCGUACGAGCGACCCAGCGCCGUGUGGACCACCAGCCAGCAAACGCCGUUGGUGGAGUCCACAGCGGCCAUGCGGACUUCGCCUCCGUCCGGCUUCGUCCCUGGAGAAGAGGAAGCGCAACCCCCGCACCAACGCCAUGCGCCGUCUCUUCCGGCGUACUUUGAUGCUACGGAGAGCACCCCUUCUCGCGAACCGCGUGUGGCAAUGGCCAGCAAUACCGCGGGUGCUGCCAGUUUUACGCCGGCACCGUCCUGGUAUUCUCGACCGCGACUAUUGUCUCCUGCGAGACCUGCUGUUGCUGCUGCUGCUGCUUCCACCGGCCCGCUUCUCAACAGUCCAGGCGCCUCCCCGCUGCGGCAGGCACCUCGUUCCCCAGCGCCGCCUGCUGCUGUGGCGUCCUUUCACCCUCCACCCGCUCCGCCGUUGUUGUUUGCGCCGCAGAAUCACGUGGCUGUACAGACCCUACGCGUCGCUCGUCCACUUGCGACGGAGACGCGUCGCAACAGGCCAAUUCGCAUCGACCCAGAGGUCCUCGUGGACGACGUCGGUCCGGUGGAGUUGCUGCGGUCGGAGUUACGUCGCUUGAAGCGUGAUGUGGAAGGCCUGAAGCACCUGCAGGUGAUGCCGCGUGUUGCUGCCGACAUGGUUGCGUCCUCCCCCUCCCCGAUCCCUGCGUCAUCGUCUGCCGAUCCCAGCGUAGAGGAGCUGGCGAUGGAGCUGCACGACAAGCAAAUGCGCAGGCUGUACGAGCAGCGACGGUUCUACCUCACACACGGUCAAGUGGCAUCGUAG